AUCCGCCGGGCCGCAAAAUGGCUGCCCCCGGAGCCGUGGCGGGCGGCGUCGUUGUCGUCAUCCGGAUCCGGGCAGCGGGACACGGCCGUCUCCUCUGGGUCCCGAGGGGCGGCUGUGGCUUUAAGGCUGGCUUGGGGUCGGGGCCGGCCGGGGGUUGCUGGGGCUGCGGCUCGUCCCAGCUUCCGGCUGAGGCAGCCGGUGCUUCGCAGCGCGCUCGGCGGCGGCCGCCGCAGUGGGACUCGGACCCGCUGCAGGCCCGGCCGGGUGGGCGGUUCCGGCCCGCAGCACGCACGCUGAGUGGGUGGGCGCCGCCGACCUGAGCGGAGUUCUCUCCUGUUUCGGGGGAUUUAAUGGCUGCUGUGCGUAUUUGUUUUUUAAGUUCUGCGUGUUUGUAGUCUGAUAGCCGCUACGCAUUUGUCUCUGCGUAGCUGUGUGUGUAGCUCUGCCUGCUGCCCGCUACCUGCGUCAGGGCGCCUCACGACGUUUGGAUGGGAUCGCCUCCAUAGCACAGGGAGAGCUGCUCAGGGUCAGGGCUGUGCGCUGUGUCGGUUCCAGCUGAGCAGCAGUACUCUACGUGUUUGCCAUCUGGCGUUCUCCUGGGUAACGCCCUGCUGCUGCCCUCCUGCCCGAGAACUGCCGAGGCCGUCAGGGCAUUGGGUGAGCUAUGCUUCUCUGACAGGGUGGGAGCGAUCUGUGGUGAUGUGCUGUUUUCUAAUGCAUGUUGUUCUAUAGAGGCCGAUAAAGCUGUGAUGUGGUGAGGCUUGAACAUUUGUUGUCGAAUUCCUGGUGGCAGUCUUAGAUGGCUACUGCUUUGACUUCAGCGCCAUUGAUCGGAAUACAGGCAGGAGAAAAGCAGUAGCAACAGUAAUGGUAAGAUGCUGCUCUUUAAAACUAAUUUAAGACUGUUGAGAGGAAGAAGCUUUUUCACUCCAGCCAGUGUGUUUAAGCAAGUACAUGUUUCUUGAUCUGAGGUGUCUUUAUCAGAUAACUGAUUUUUUUUUUUAAUUGAACAGAUGUAGUCAGAAAUGUUUUAUUGGCCAUAUAUCGAUAUAUUGGGGGGAAAAGGAAAAACAGCAGAUCAGCUGAUCCCUUUUUGAUUUGGAAUAGUGGAGCUCUUGAACAUCUUUACUAUACCGCUCGUAUGGCUGUACUUCUAUAGCAUUUCGGUACCUAAAGGAUGAUUUUCGUAAAGUAAAUGAGCUGUUGCAGCUGAUGCUUCCUUUGGAGGUCUCUUGCAAAGUCUUUUCAUUCAUGCUGCUUAGACUUGCAACAAAGUAAGUAUGAAGAGUGUGUGGUAACAGCUCUUCAUUCCAUGUUCAUUCCUCUUAUAACUGACAGCAGUUCAACUGUACUGGUAAUAUAGAAUAUCGAGGGCAAAGUGAUUUAAGGCAAAGUUACUCUGACUUGCCUUGUUUUCCAUGAUACAACAGUGCAUCUAUAUGGCAACAGCUGUCUAAACAUAGAAUUUUGUCUUGGCCAGAUUAAUCAGAUGGUCUCAAUGAAAGAUACAUGGGAACUUAGCUAAAAAUGCUCUUACUACUAGUCUGUUAACUGAUAAUGUGGUGAUUACUUAACAUGCAAUAUUAAUAAAUAGAAAUAUAUCUUCUAAAAAAAACCCAUCUCUUAAUGAAAUAAAAGUGUAGCAGUGUUGAAUUUUACUUGGAAUUUUGUAGUUACUUUCAACAUGCCAUGAGAGGCAUAUGAAUAUGUGACAGCUUUACUUUUGUAAUGGCUAUGACUUUCAAGAGUUUCCAAUUUAUAGGUGAAGAAUAAAAAUGUACAGUAAACUUAGGAAACCCCUUUUAUGCACUUUCCACUGCUUCCAUCAGCAUUUUUUCUGAACCUCUUCAUUUUUUCAUACAGCCUAUUAUGAAAAUGUCAGUAAGAGUUAAUGAAAGUUGAAGUUAAUGCAAGUUGAUAAUUUCUUUAAAUUCUAAGUUACUGAUAACCAGUCAGUGUGUAGACAUAUAUGUUGUCUGGGUGAAAUGGAUGCAACUUUUCUCUGUUUUACAAAAAUAUACUGAAAGUUCAAAAAAAAAAAAAAAGUCAGUCUCAACAGUCUGAGCAAACUGGGACUAGAAAAACUCCUCACAAGCUAUAAAUUAAUGUGAAGAAUAAAACAAAGAGGUGAUGGUGAUCUGAUGACAUGACUGCAAGGAAAGAAAGCAACUGCAGUUCCUGGGGAGGGCUCCAGACUGCCGGCUUGUGGUGGGUGUUGCAGCAGUGCUGUAGUGCUAGUCUGAGGCUGCGGAUUCUCCAUAAAGCAUGCAGUCAGGUGUAAAUGUGCAAGAAAAGGUGAUCCAUUGACAAGGUAGAUAUUAAAGUCUGUGCGAGGCAUCUUGACAGUAAGUAACUAAAAUUCUUCUUUAACAUCAGAGUAUUUUUCCACCUUUAUUUGUUGUGUAAGUUUUUCUGUUUCAGAUAUUGUGAAUAAAUGUCUUUAUUUGCACUUUUAACUUAACACAACAUGAAUUAAAAGUGAUCUGGUAUUAAAUGAAUAUCUGAAAUUCAUUUCUCAGUCCCUGGAGUAAACUGCAGAAUACCUAGCUCCCCGAUAUGUUUUGUGGAAUGUCGUAAAUCAAAGAGCAUGCUCUCAAAGAAGCUGUGUGGAUUCUCCAGAGAAUGGGUGUUACAGGUUCAGAAAACAAGGAAAUGUUACUACAGUAACCGUAACGUCUGCAGGAGUGCAUUCAAGCCCCAUCUUCCUUCCAUCAUUCAAAGGUUAUGAGCACAUUUUGCAGAGAGCCUUAUAACUGCAAAAUCCCAAAGGGAAACAUUACCAAAUGAGGAGAAAAGGAAGAUGUCAUCGAGUAUCGACAACAAGGCAUUCCUCUUCCCCAUGCAGUAUUAAGCACUCCCCCACACGAGAAACCUUGACGUACGCUCAAGCUCAAAGAAUGGUCGAAAUAGAAAUUGAAGGUCGCCUACAUAGGAUCAGUAUCUUUGAUCCUUUAGAGAUUAUAUUAGAAGAUGAUCUUACAGCCCAGGAAAUGAGUGAAUGCAACAGCAAUAAAGAAAAUAGUGAAAGACCACCAGUUUGUCUAAGAAGCAAACGGCAUAAAAAUAACAAAGUGAAAAAGAAAAAUGAAGCUCUUCCGAGCUCACAUGGCGUACCUGCUACAACAGCUCCUCUUCCAGAACCAAAAGUACGGAUUGUUGAAUACAGUCCCCCUUCAGCUCCUCGGAGACCUCCGGUUUAUUAUAAAUUCAUUGAGAAGUCAGCAGAAGAACUUGAUAAUGAAGUCGAAUAUGACAUGGAUGAGGAAGAUUAUGCGUGGUUAGAAAUAAUUAAUGAAAAGCGGAAAAGUGAUGGAGUGUCAGUUGUUUCCCAAAACAUGUUUGAAUUCCUUAUGGAUAGGUUUGAGAAAGAGUCUUAUUGUGAGAACCAAAAACAGGGUGAUCAUCAGUCUUUAAUUGAUGAAGACGCGGUAUGUUGUAUAUGCAUGGAUGGUGAAUGUCAGAACAGCAAUGUAAUCCUGUUUUGUGAUAUGUGUAAUUUAGCAGUACAUCAGGAAUGCUAUGGGGUGCCAUAUAUACCCGAGGGCCAGUGGCUCUGCAGACACUGUCUGCAGUCCCGUUCUCGGCCUGUAGACUGUGUGCUGUGCCCAAACAAGGGAGGUGCCUUUAAAAAGACUGAUGAUGAUCGUUGGGGACAUGUUGUGUGUGCUUUGUGGAUUCCAGAGGUUGGAUUUGCCAAUACAGUUUUUAUUGAGCCAAUUGAUGGUGUCAGGAACAUUCCCCCAGCCAGAUGGAAGUUAACGUGCUACCUCUGUAAACAGAAGGGUGUUGGUGCCUGCAUCCAGUGCCACAAAGCAAACUGCUAUACUGCAUUCCAUGUGACAUGUGCUCAAAAGGCUGGUCUGUAUAUGAAAAUGGAACCUGUGAAAGAACUGACCGGCAGUGGGACAACAUUCUCUGUAAAAAAGACUGCCUAUUGUGAUGUACAUACUCCACCAGGUUGCAUACGGAGACCUCUAAAUAUUUAUGGAGAAGCUGAAAUCAAAAACGGUGUUUGUAGAAAGGAGGGAUCAGUCAGAACUGCUAGGUCUACAUCAAAAGUCAGAAAAAAGACAAAAAAAGCCAAGAAAACAGUUGUUGAACCCUGUACAGUUAUGCCAACCGUAUCUGCUCCUUAUAUCCCCCCCCAGAGAUUAAAUAAGAUUAUGAAUCAGGUGGCCAUUCAGCGGAAGAAGCAGUUUGUUGAACGAGUGCACAGUUACUGGUUGCUUAAAAGGCUGUCUAGGAAUGGUGUUCCUCUGCUGAGAAGGCUGCAGUCCAGUUUGCAGUCACAACGAAACACGCAACAGAGAGAAGAUGAUGAAGAAAUGCAAGCCUUAAAAGAAAAAUUGAAGUACUGGCAAAGGCUGCGUCAUGAUCUUGAAAGGGCACGCUUACUGAUUGAACUAAUACGUAAGCGUGAAAAAUUAAAAAGAGAACAGGUCAAGAUUGAGCAGGUUGCUAUGGAACUUCAGCUUACUCCAUUCACUGUCCUCCUUCGAUCAGUCUUGGAUCAGCUGCAGGAGAAGGAUUCUGCUCGUAUAUUUGCUCAGCCAGUGAAUCUGAAAGAGGUUCCAGACUAUUUGGAUCAUAUUAAACAUCCUAUGGAUUUCUCUACCAUGCGAAAACGGUUAGAUGCUCAAGGCUAUAAAAACCUCAGUGAAUUUGAAGAAGACUUCAAUCUUAUCAUAGAUAACUGUAUGAAGUACAAUGCAAAAGACACAAUAUUCUAUAGAGCUGCAGUGCGGUUAAGAGAUCAAGGAGGUGUAGUUCUCAGGCAAGCUAGGAGAGAUGCUGAAGGAAUUGGUUAUGAUAAUGAAACUGGAAUGCACUUACCUGAACGGCCUAAACUUGAGUCACCACAGCCUUUCUCUUGGGAAGAUGUGGAUAGAUUACUGAAUCCUGCAAAUCGAGUGCAUAUGUCCUUGGAAGAACAGCUGAGGGAGUUGCUAGAAAAACUUGAUCUUACCUGUGCAAUGAAAUCCAGUGGGUCAAGGAGCAAAAGAGCAAAGCUGUUAAAGAAAGAAAUCAGCAGUAUUCGCAACAAGUUAAGUCAGCAACACAACCAAGCUCCUCAAAUAGAAUCAGGUAUUGGAAGUUUUGAAGAAGAAAGUGCAGCACUAGAUCAAGAUGGAGAAGAAGAAGGAGAUAAAUCUCCCCCUAAACUUGAACCAUCAGAUGCAUUACCUCUUCCUUCAAACUUGGAGACUAAUUCAGAACCACCAACCCUCAAACCAGUAGAACUCAAUCCAGAGCAGAGUAAGCUUUACAAAAGAGUAAAAUUUGAUAAUGAAUUAUAUAGCACUUGCAUUCAGAAAGAAAUAAAUGGACACACUCCAGAACACUUACUUGACAGUAAUCUCAAUGAGUCGACUGUUUCUGCUGUAGCUGAGUCAUCAACUGAUGUAAACAGACGUACAUCCAUUCUCUUCUGCAAAUCGAAAAGUAUAAGCCCCCAAAAGUCUGCAAAGAACACUGAAACCCAGCCAACUUCUCCACAGCUAGGGACCAAAACCUUUUUGUCUGUAGUCCUUCCAAGGUUGGAGACACUUCUGCACCCAAGGAAAAGAUCAAGGAGUGCAUGUGGAGAUUCUGAGGUUGAUGAUGAGUCCCCUGUAAAGCGCUUGGAUACAGGUCUCUCAAAUGGUUUUGGAGACGGCAGUAAAGAGAGAGCGUUAGAUGAUGCUGCAGGGAGAAAAGUUGAGCCUCGUCGCCGCUGUGCAUCAGAAUCUAGUAUUUCAUCUAGUAACAGUCUUUUGUGUAACACCAGUUUCAGCCUACCAAAGUGUGGUAAAGGUAAACCAGCACUUAUACGAAGACACACAUUGGAGGAUCGAAGUGAAUUGAUAUCUUGCAUUGAAAAUGGAAACUAUGCCAAAGCAGCAAGAAUUGCAGCUGAAGUUGGUCAUAGCAGUAUGUGGAUUUCGACUGAUGCUGCAACAUCUGUUCUUGAGCCUCUGAAAGUAGUAUGGGCCAAAUGCAGUGGAUAUCCCUCUUAUCCAGCUCUGAUUAUUGACCCUAAAAUGCCUCGUGUUGCUGGUCAUCACAAUGGUGUUACUAUACCAGUGCCACCUUUGGAUGUACUGAAGAUUGGAGAACAAAUGCAGACCAAAUCAGAUGAGAAACUAUUCUUAGUACUGUUUUUUGACAAUAAAAGAAGUUGGCAGUGGCUUCCCAAAUCCAAAAUGGUUCCCCUUGGGAUAGAUGAGACCAUAGACAAGUUAAAAAUGAUGGAAGGUCGCAACUCAAGCAUUCGAAAGGCAGUAAGGAUUGCUUUUGAUCGUGCUAUGAACCACCUGAGUAGAGUACAUGGAGAACCAGUCAGUGACUUCAGUGAUAUUGACUAACAGAUUCUACCAAGGCAUGAAAAGUACCACACAGACUUGAACUCUACUUAUGAACCUCUUUGUCUGAAAGAAUGUAUUGAAGAUACAACCCCUUAAUUGUUGAUUCAGUGGCUGAGUUCUGCAAACUUGAAAUUGUUGAGCAAUUCUUCUAAAUCACCAUUGCCAUAUUGAUAAAUGAUUUUAUCGUAUUAUAGUUUGGAGGAUUUUCCACUAAACAUGUUAAAACAUCUUGUUCAUAGUGUGCAUAAUUGUACAUAACUGUAUAUUCAACACUUAACUUAUUCUGAUUUUAGAUAGCUCUUUAAUUUCUUUUAUAAUUUUGCUGGGGAGGGAGUUGGUUUUUGUUUCCAUGCUUUUUUUCUUUCUUUCUAAGUUUAAGUUACCUAAGCACCAUCUUCCAGCUUAAGGUGUUUAGUGAAUUGUAAAGCCUAAUAUCAAAAUUACAUCAAAUAUAUGUUUGCCUAAAUCAUAUACGAUAUGGUGCUGCUUGUAUCAUUUCUUCCUUGGUCUGUAGCUUCUGAAAAAGACUUCUGAAUGUUUGUGUAAAUCAUUGCUCUUUGCACAAAGUACCACAUAUUUUAAGAUUGAUGUAAAUUUACAAUUACAAAUAUGUAUUUUAAGAAAGUAAGUUGCAUUAUUUUGGAGGGUACUUUGUGAGAAAGGCAUCAAGGAAAAAAAAAUUACUAUGUACAUCACUUGCAAAUCACCAAAAACACUCCAUAGUUGCCCAAAAUAGCUUAAGAUUGUUUUUGUUUUAAACAAAUCUGGCUUAAAGCCUGCAAGCACAUUAUUUCUUUCAAAACCAUAUCCCAUUUAUCUCCCAUUGAUUUUAUUUUAUUGAUAUAUGUGCCUCCCUGUGUUUUAUUUAUUGUAGAAAAUGUAUUAAUUUGCUUUAUAAUGAAAAAUAAAAUUGACAAAUAUAUUGAUAUGCAUUUUUAUACAGGCACAUGAGAAGACAACUUGCUUUGGGAGAAAAAAUGUAUUGGAAAUUGUAUAAAAUAACUUGAUGGUUUGUGUGUAAUUUGAUUUUUUUGUAACUUGUAAUCUUCUGUUUCCACGGAGGGGAUUUAUGUAACUUUUAAUUUAGAACACUUUGGUAGCAAUAGAAACUUUGGAUACAUUUUUGUAUGGUACAUGUGAUGUAUAUAGAAUUAGUACUUUAUUUUUAUUUUUAAGAAGUAAAGCAUUAUGUUUGGGCAGGGGGAAGAAGGAGGGGGGUUUCCAGAAUUGCAUUUUUAUAUUAAAAAAAAAAAAAAUAAAGUCAAGAUAUUGAUUGUUGUAGCUACUUUAUUCCUACCUUCACUGAGAAUACAGAAUUUGUAACAAUGAAAAUGGCAAGGUAUGUUUGCAAUGUGAUUUAUAAUGACUCCAUUAUUUAUAAAUGCACUGUUUGAACUCUUUUGCAGUGAUAUCUUAAAUACUGUACCAAGUUAUAUAAUAUGAAACACCAAAUAAUGCAUAUGAAUGCACGAAGUAUUUAUGCCCAGCUUUUUUUUAUAAAGGAUUAGCGAAUACAGCAAAACCAAUACUUUUUAAACCUUUUUUUAAAACUUCAUGGAUAGCAUACUUCAUUGUUAAACCUGCUUGAGUCUUUAUUUUAAAGGGACAGUUACUUUAUAAAUAGUUUUUAAUGUUUUUAUUCUCUAUUGUUUGUAAUACCCCCUUAGAAGCUUGAAAUAAAAUUUCUUUCUCAACUGUUAAUUUUGUCCUGAAUUUGGCCCCUGAAAUUUUUCUGUAGCGCCCAUUCUCUUAAUCCAUGACUGAGUUGUUAAAGAGGUGCUAAUUCCAGAGCCUUGUUUUCUUGCUGCAGCAUGCAGUGCCAUUCUCACUGAGCCCUCCAUGUGCUAGAUAUUCUAGUUAUGCCCUACUAGCUGAGAGCAAUUGCUUGUAAUGGACUACAGUAAUUGCAGAGUUCAGUUGGAUAAGUUGCACAAAUGAUCGAGCAAACAGUUGUCCUAGCCUUGACAGUAUACUUUGCUUUAGGGGAAAUAGUGAUGGCAGGUGUUCUGCUGUGACAGAAACGAUUGACACAUCAGGUAGAAAACUAAAAUGAAAAUUUGAUCAUUUGCUUUAAUUAGUACUUUUGUGUAAUGACUUUGAGGAUCUGCUAUUUUACUAUGCUUAUUUUUGAUGGGAAUUGAGCUUAACUUGCACAAUAUAGACCUCUUGUGAUCUUCUAGGGUUGCUUAUUAAGAGAACCUUCAAAGGUAGCCUGUGCCACGUCAUGUUUCAGACAUGGGCCACCAUAUCAGCGUGUGUGAAACUGGGUAAUGAUUGGCAGGAAGAGAAAAUGUGUUCUGGGAGUCUUUCAGACCUUGGAAAAUUAAUUGGAGUUCAGAGUAGGAAGGUGAUAAUCUCAUAUGGGUAGAACUUUGAUACCUGUGAAGUAUAAAUUCCCACUUAAUAAGUUAUACAUGCAGAGGCAUCUUCUGUCAGUUCUUGGAGAAGGUAACUUUUUUCUUGAUUUUGAGAGAACACCUAUACAAACUACUCUGUGUAUUCUUUUGCUGAAAUGGGUGUGGAAGGCUGUGAUUUUUUUUUUUUCUUCUGUGCACAUGAUGGAAACUGUCCCAGAACUCAGGUUGCAGCAGUGGCUACGGCUUUUCCUACGCUAUGCCAAAGUAAAGUAUUAUCCGGUGGUUCUUCAGGUUGGUUUCAAAUGUAAAAUGAUUUCUCAGACUUGUUGCUCGUCAGUGAUGUGUUUUAAGGAAAUGCAUGCUUAUUUAGGAAAGGAAGAUUGAUCUCCAAAAUUUGCUUUAUUUCCUAAUUUUGUGGCCUAUCUCAAUAGUCAAAUAAAUACGUAUGUAUCUGAGGAUUUGUUUCACUAUGUUUUAGACCUUGCUCUUGACCAUUAGUAACUGAAGUAAUCAUGGAAUAGAAAUUAGUAUUCUAGUGGAGGAAAAAGAAGAAAACAACACAGUACCUAAAGGUAUCCUGCUGUUUUCUCAUGGAGCGUCACAGCAGUAAAAGCAGGGUGUGGAUUUGCAUAUUCACUUGUCAAUUCUGGUGUGAUCAUCCCCAGCUAAUAAAGAGUGAGAAUCCUGGAUCAGAAGCUGAAACAAAGUUAAUUUGUCCUCUCUUGUAUUAAAAUGUGAGAAAUCAUGUUAUAAAUAUUUAGGGGGGAAAAAAGGGUGUAAUGACUUUCUUUUUUUAAAAAAAAAAAAAGUUUGUAUUUGUUACCAAAUGCAGUGGAUUUUGCAAUGUUUGUUGUGAUUUUUGUAUUUUUACACUAGAGGGAGCAAUACACACAGACCAUCAACAUUCACAAAAAUAUUUAAUAUUUUCUUUUUAAAAUGCUGCUAUUAAAACUUCUUGCUGUUAAACAGUC